AUGGACCCACCCAAAAUGUCCUUCAAAGAAGUGAAGAAGCGCACCAUUCUUCAAGGCCUGCGGGCAUUGAAGGCCCCUGCUGUUAUUGGAGUGCUGGUCACCAGCAUCUUUGCAAUCCCUUCGUUGAAGUGGGGGCCUGGCCAUGAACUGGAUCAUCUAGAGCUGUUUGCAGGGCAAUGCUCAGUUACACGUGGGGAAUUCCAGGAGGGUCGAACUUCUUCAGUGGCAAUGGACCUGGAUCACAACCCGGAAACCAUGAAUAUGCUGACCAACACCGGUUUCGUGUCAGCGCUCUACCAUGCCACGUGCCUUCGCCCUGGAUCGGGGUGCUUGGCAGCUCCGGUAUGUUCCAGCUUUGUAUACAUGAAUUCGGGUACAGCCCGAAGAUCAGAAAGCAAUCCCUAUGGACAAGAAUGUUACGAAUCGGUGCUUUCUGGCAAUGAAGAAAUUUCGCAGCUGGGUGAGUUCAAACCUCGCACCAAAAGCACCCAGACCAUUUCCCUGGUUGACCAUUACUACGAUGCUGACGGCAACCGCCGCGUCAAAGGCAAUGGCAAUUUGAAGGCUAGUCAGGCCUAUCCUUUGGGGUUUGGGGUUGCUCUGGCAAAGCUGAGAACUAGACAUGCAAAGGAGAACCGUCGCCGGGCUUUGCGCCUGAUCAAGCAGCAUGCUCGAAAGUCCCAGAUCAUGAAGCGUUGUACCCGAAAAGAUGGUUUGUGGCUAAAAUGUGCCAACCUGAAUCCAGUUCUGGAAUUUUUGGCAUAG